AUGGUAGCUUUUGAGGACAAGGAUAUCUUGAAAUAUUACAAGGUUCGAGUGAUACACCAGCUGCCAGAUGUGGAAACUGACGGUAAAUUGAACCUUACCUCCAAAGUGAUUUCAGAUGAAUAUUUAGUCCAUUUCCGCAGUCCUUGGUUGACCAAAUUCAUACCUUCUGUCUAUACAGUCGUAUUCCUCCUAUCGCUGCCUUUGAACGUAACAGCAAUCAUGAUAUUCCUGUUCAGUAUUCACCUGAAGAAGCCAUCGGUGGUGUUCAUGUUCAACUUGGCUGUUGCCGACGUCCUCUUCGUCAUCUUGUUGCCGUUUAACAUCGUUUACCGAUUCUCAGGAAACAAUUGGGUGAUCGGAGAAGGAAUGUGCCGCUUUGUCACUGCCGCAUUCUACUGCAACAUGUACUGCUCCAUCCUGCUCACGACCAGUAUCAGCGUGGACCGGUUCCUUGGUGUAGUUUACCCGUUUCAGUCCCUUACAUGGCGCACCGUGAGCAGAACCUGGCUGGUGUGUCUUCUCAUCUGGAUGGUUUCCAUUGCCGGCACCGUGCCGCUCCUUGUAAACAAGCUAACUGUUCCCAUUUACCAGAUGAAUAUCACCACCUGCUACGACAUGAUAAAAAUGGAAGACGCUCAGAAUUAUUACUUUCCUUAUUUUACCACGUAUAUUUCCGCUUUCUUUUUGUUGCCUUUUAUCAUUACGACUUUUUGUUACGUAAUGACCAUCAGAAGUCUGAGCUCACCGAAAUCUGGAAACCCAAACAGAAAGUCCAGAGCUAUCUUCCUUUGUGCCAUUGUACUUUUUGAAUAUAUAUUCUGUUUUGGGCCGACUAAUGUCAUCUUUUUCAUUUAUUAUCUGAAUUUCGAUAAGUCAUUUGGCAACUCUGUGUAUUUUGCCUACAUCCUGUCUGUCAGCGUCUCUACCGUCAGCUGUUGUCUGGAUCCUGUUGUCUAUUAUUACGGCUUUUCGAAGUCCAAGAAACUAGAUUACAAGUUGGUUUGUUGUGGCAAAACUAUGGCUGACUACACAGAGUCAUCUACCUCUUCAAGAACCACGAGAAGGGAGACAUCCAGCCAAACUCUGUAGAGUGUGGACCUAAAGCUGUUUCUUCUGGGACUUGCUUGAGGAAUGGGUGUCGAAAAAAUGCACCCAAUGGAAACCUAAUCACCAAUGUGUUUUAUUAAAGUGCAUCCGGUUAUUAUUGUUUUGCAGCAUGCAAUUGGGGGUUUUGGGCCAAUACAACCUGUUUACUAUGUGAUUUUGGUUUCUCCCACUGUCUUCCCAACUUCAAAAGACUGGAAAACC